UUGCUAUGUGAGCCUGGCCAAGUCUCUUUGUCUCUGCUCCUCCCUCCCCGUGUCUCUGGGUCAGGGGCUGCGCUGUGCCUUGGCUCCCGUGGGCAGAGGCUGUUCUGGGGGCUGGGUCCCUCCGCCGGUCCUGCCAACGCCUCCCGUCUCCUCCCUCCCCACAGAGACUUCCAGGAGAUCUGCCCCUUCUGCCCCACGCCCAGGCAGCUCUCGGAGCCAGAUGUGGCCGUGCUGGAGGUUCCCUCCCUUCCUGAGCCUGGACGCGCCCCGUGCCCCGAGACCACCCCGGCCCCUCUGCGGCUCCAGGACCUGGCGGCCGUGCGCUACGAGGACGGGCAGCACCAGGGCCUCCCUGUGGUCCUGGGCACCGGCGGCUUUGGCAGAGUUGAGCUGGUGCGCGGGCGGGGGCUGCUCUUCGCCCUCAAGCGGAUCCGCAAGGAGCACGUGGUGCGGAGGCGGCAGCAGGAGCACGUGCGCACCGAGAAGCGGGUGCUGGAGCGGAGCCGCUGCCCCUUCAUCGUGGGGCUCUUUGGCACCUUCAGGGACAGCCAGUACGUCUACAUGCUGCUGGAGUUCUGCCAGGGGGGCGAGCUGUGGACGAAGCUGCGUGAGGUGCGCUGCUUCGAGGAGGAGGUGGCCGUGUUCUGCUCAGCGUGCGUGGUUGAGGCACUCGACUACCUGCACGGCAACGGGAUCAUCUACCGGGACCUCAAGCCCGAGAACCUGAUGCUGGACAAGUGGGGCUACAUCAAACUGGUGGAUUUUGGCUUUGCCAAGGAGCUGGCGCGGGGGGAGAAGACCUACUCGUUCUGUGGCACGCCCGAGUACCUGGCACCUGAGAUCCUGCGGCACGAGGGCCAUGACUUCGCCGUCGACUUCUGGAUGAUGGGCAUCCUCAUCUUUGAGAUGCUGGUGGGCCGGCCCCCAUUCCACAGCGCCGAGCCCCAGAAGAUCUACAGCAAGAUCCUGGAUGGGGUGUUCUCAUUCCCGGCCUACGUGAGCGAGGCCGCCUGCUCCCUGGUCUCCAAGCUGUGCCGGCUCCGGCCGGGACAGCGCUUGGGCAACACCAGCACCGGCAUCCGCGGCAUCAGGAAACACAGGUGGUUUGGCUCGGUGAAGUGGAAGCGUCUGGCCCUGCGGCAGGUCGAUGCUCCUACCCUGGCGCUGAUGAAGCAGGGCCCGCCCUACGCCAACUUCAAGCGCUUCUCGGUGGACUGGACGCCGGCCGAGGAGGAGUUCUCGGGCUGGGACGAGGAUUUCUGAGCGGCCGUGGGGCCCAGGCCAGCAGCACCCCAAGGACUGGGGGUGGGGGGCUGGUCUGCUGAUGGCCGCUGCCCUGGUGCUGAGCUGGGCACAUGCCCCCUGCCCGCGGGAGGACGGAGCCCUGCGCUGGCCCCUCCUGGGCACAGGGCCCCAGCCUGGCAGACCCGCUGGUGAGGAGCAGAGGCCCUGGGCCUGUUCCUGCAAGUGGCUGCAUGAGGGUGCAGGGAGCAUCCUCGUCCCCUGGGCUGCCAGGCCGGGCGCGCUGGCCACCCUGGGGCGUGGCCAGCAGGGGCCGGCUGUGGGAGCUGCCCUGGGCCUGGCCCCACUGGGCUGUGGGCAAUAAAGCCGCUGCAAGCCCCUGUAUGA